AUGCCUAAAAUGUCGUCGCCUUUUGCGACUUUCCUGAUUGUCGGACCAACCUGCUUCUUCCUGGGUGUCCUUUUUGCAUCGUUCCCCUAUGACUACAACAUCCUAUGGACUACACCUCCGACUUCGGUUCCUGGAUUGGACGCGCGCGAGCCCUACUACCAGAUGCUGGAGAACCAUCUGAAGUUCAUCCACGCAUCCCCACCUCUCAUCUCGCGCAUCCUCCACAUUGUCAUCGGAACCGGUCUCCUGGGCUUCAUCACCAAGCUUUACAGACCCUCUGAAGCCAACCUUCUGUUCGACGGCGCCAGUCUUGUGCUCUACAUGUGCGGCGUCACCGUCUACAUUGCAAACAUUGUCAAGGGCAUGCGCGUCGUCACUUCGGGUGUCUACGGCAACCCUACUCUCGCCGAGGGCCAGGCCGAUGAUUCUGGCGACUACCUCAGCAGAGAGGAUUCGCUCAAGGUUCUGGCUGCCAGCGACACCAUCCUGGCUCUUUUGCUUGUCGGUGUUCUGAUUCUUCAAGCCGGCCAAUGGUACGCCAACAAGAAGGAGGCAGACGAGAUCGAAGAGAUGGAUAAGAAGCAUGACGAGAAGAAGGCUCUACACAAAGAGAAGAAGAAGCAAUAG